GCUCGCGCGAUGGAUGCGACCGUCGAAUACGCGCCUGAGCAGCCACGGCCGGCCGGCCACAGGCCGCAUGACCGCCACCGCAAGCUCCGGGAGCCUCAUCGGGCCAAGCUGCGGCGAUUCGAAGAGGUACCGGCGUUCAUGCGGCCGAACCCGUUCAUUCGCGGGGGCUACCGCGUCCUCUACACCCCUCGGCAGUGCCUGCGAAGCGUGUUCCAGUGGAACAACGAGACGAUAAACAUCUGGACGCACCUCGGCGGGCUCUUUCUGUUCGGCGCCGCGCUCGUCCGAGAUGUCCGGUACCGGCUACCCGCCGUCAAGGCGAGCCUCUCCGACUCCGUGGUCGUGGUGGCCGUGGUGUGCGCGUACAUCACCACGCUGUCGCUCUCCGUACUGUACCACACGUUCAACUGCCACUCCAAGGAGGCCUACUACAAGCUGCUGCGCUACGACAUGGCCGGCGUCGGCCUCAGCCUGGGCUCCACCUUUUCGUCCGGCGUCAUCCUGGCCUUCCGGGAGCACGCCUUCUUCAUGUACCUGUACGUGUCGCUCGAGGCGCUCCUGCUGGUGUUCAUUGUCGCCACGCCGCACUGCGAGAACAGCAGGGUCCUCUGCAGCCUCGCCGUGUUCGGGCUGGUGCCCACGCUCCACUGGCUCUACCUGGCGCCGCCUUACAUGCCGCUGAUUCUGCCCCGCGUGGCGCUGGUGUUCGUCUACGCGGCCAUCGCGUUCUUGGUGCUCGAGGGGCGCUUUCCGGAGCGGCUGUGGCCCGGUCGCUGCGACUACGUGGGCGCCAGCCACCAGAUCUGGCACGUGCUGGUCCUCCUGAUGACCUACUGGUGGCACGAGACGGCGUUCGAGUUCGUGCGAUGCAAGAACGGCUUUUGCUGAUCGCGCCGAGUGCCUGAGCGGUGGUUGAGCGGUUGUGCAACUGACGCCCUACCGGUUUCAUUUGUACGCAAGGAACGAGGCUGGUGCCAUCGACGACGUGUUAAGGUUUAUGCCAGCCGUUACAUGCCACGUCUAUCGCGUUCUUUUUUUUUUUUCCCCCGUCCAAAUCGUUGUAGCGCAUAUGAUACCUUAGUUGUGGCUCCGCAAUCAGCACGGAACGGGUAAAAAUUGAUGAAAUUAGAAAAUUGUACUCUUUGAAGUUCGCAAUAAUAUAGCAAGUAAAAUAAAAUCGCCCGCUGCUUGUUCCGGUCGCCCGAUGUUGCUAUGUCGCCCAAAAAGAUACGGGUUUUUGUGAAAACGAAGUGGCAGUCGUUGUUAAAAAAUGGCAGCUAUUGAAAGUUCCUUCCCGAGCUACGCUAAAGAGCAUCUACACAUUCAAUGCGAAAUACAUGCAGCUGUUGAAUGACAUCUGUUCACGUCCGCAGCGGUAGGAGCAAAAAAAAAAAUGUAUUGAAAAGCAACAUGCCCAGGAGCUAUACUUCGGAUUGAAAGAACGACACGGGAAUGAAAGCGAAGUAAAAGA